AUGAUAAAUCUAGAGAUUGCCGAUAGAGUUCUGCUGCUUCAGAAGCUAUUCAUGGGCAAGAACGAGAGAGGGGGGCAGAUAGUAAAAGAGGCUCUCCGACGCCUUAUCGUCGAGACAGACCUACACGACGGCUACGAUGCGGAAAACGAUGACGAUGAUAACCCAUUCUAUCCUCACGAUGGUAUCGGCGACAGUGAGGAUAACAGGGAUAUCAACCAAGACAUUCGACCUAGCGGAGACAUUGUAGCAAGACGGACCCGGAAGCGUUUAGAGGAGCUCUUCUUGUUCAAUAACGCAGAAGCAGUCACGCUUGUGCUCCGUGGAGGUGGGCCACUUGAUGGUAAUCACGCAGCAACGCGCCAGACCAUCGCAGACAUAUCCAUCCCAGUCAAACGGUUGAUAGAAUUCUUUGGCAAUCGUUUCACUAUCCAGAAAUGGCCCGAGAUCGGAUCGCGCCCAGCUAAGCGUCUGCCAGCAUUACUAUAUGAGCAUGGAUGGAGCUGCUCGGAAGCAGUACCACUUCAUACUUGGAUCGACCAGCUCACCGUUACACAAUUUGCCCUCCACACAGAGCGCAACAGAGAGCUUCUAGAGUCAGUGGCCGAUAUUGAAGAUGCGGCAGUUAAGCGCAUUCCCAUCGACUGGUAUAAGAUGGCGGAAUUUCUGGACAAUGCAGCCAAACUGACCGAGGUCUUGCAGACCAAAGAGCACAGUGACUACAUAAAGAGAAUUCGUGUGGAUAUCGAAGUGGCGAUUCGCGAUUUACGUGAUCAGGAACAGAAAGCACAAGAAGAUGAAAGAUUAGAGCGUUUGCAGAUCCUGUCCGAACAAGAACGACUGAGGUAUAGAGAACGGUUGGCUAGGAAAGAGAAGGAGAGAAAGAUCAGAGAGUGCAGGCAUUCAGCAGGGUUAAAAGUCAUGAGGGCUUUAGGAAAGGACAAAAGAGACGAAUUCUAA